AAAAAAGAAGAAGAAAACUCUCUCUCUCUCUUUCACACAUAUAGUAGCUAUUAAGCCCUGCUGGUUUUCUGUGAGUUCAGAACGGUAGAGAAGAAUGGUGAAACGUAGCAAAAUCUCUUCCACUGAUGCUUGUCCCGAGUUCUUCAAGAUAUUUGCGCCUGAUUUGUGCUCUCAACGACUGCGAAUCCCACCAGCAUUCCUCAAGAAUUUUAAUGGAGAUUUACCUCAAAAGGCUGUACUCAAAAGUCCCUGCAAACGAUCAUGGUGGGUUCAUGUGAAUAGCGUCAAUCAGAAUUUCUUUUUUCAAGAGGGUUGGGAGGAAUUUGUGCAAUAUCAUUCUUUGGAAUUUGGGGAUAUUCUAGUUUUUUCCUACGUUGGUACUUCAAAGUUCUAUGUUAGUUUAUAUGGGAAAAAUAGUUGUAAAAAACUGGCUUCCCUUACAAGGAAUGAUGUCAAGUCACUACCACUUGUCAAAGGGAAUCAGGCAAUAGGACCUGGCCCAGGCAUCAGUAAGCAGGUUACUCAAUUGACUUCAUGUUCGAGGGUUAAGAUGGCAAUUGAAGAGAAUGAUGGAGAUCUUGAGGCAGCCAACAAAUCCAUAUCCACAAAUCCUUCCUUCAAACUUGUUUUGGGGCAAGCUUAUAUCAGCAAGGGGAUUGUAAGUAUACCAUCGAGCUUUCGCAAGAACUACAUGGAGAAAGUGAGACCAAGUGCUACGCUUCAGCUUUCUAAAAAAUCGUGGCCUGUGAAAUUGAAUUAUCGUCAUGGAACAGUCCAGUUUUGUCAAGGUUGGCUGAGAUUUGUAAAAGAUAACAAUCUCCAAGAAGGAGAUGUUUGCUGUUUUGAGCUGAUUGGAAGAAACAAUUAUGUGAUGAAAGUUUUUAUUUCUAGACCACGAGCCUAUCUUGAACUAGACAAACAAAGAGAAAAGAAUAUCGUGAGACGUAGGGGUCGUCCACAGACGGUCUGUUCCUUUGAUGAUUGUCCUGAAUUCUUCAAAUUCUUUUUGCCCGACCAAAGCUCUGAAGAUAUGCGCAUACCACCAGCUUUUCUUGAGCAUUUCAAUGGACACAUACCAGAUAAGGCCAUCCUUAAAGAUCUUGGGGGGAAGUAUAGGCAUGUGGAUAUGGAAGACGCUGAAAAUGGAGUGUUUAUUAAGAACGGUUGGCAGCAUGUUGGGAGUGGUCAUUCUUUAAAGCUUGGAGACUCCUUAUUCUGUAGAUACAAUGGAAAUUCUUCAUUCACUGUUAGGGCAUUUGGUACGAAUGGAUGCAAAAAAGAAGUAACUUUAGCUCUUGGGAGUGUGGUCACAGGUGUAAAAAUUGAAGAAAAGACUGAAGAAGAACGGACUUCUCCCAAGCCUUCUAAUAUUGGCAAGCACAAGUACUGCAAACAGGAGAUUGAAGAAAAGACUGAAGAAGAACGGACUUCUCCCAAGCCUUCUAAUAUUGGCAAGCGCAAAUACUGCAAACAGGAGAUUGAAGAAAAGACUGAAGAAGAACGGACUUCUCCCAAGCCUUCUAAUAUUGGCAAGUGCAAGUGCAAGUACUGCAAACAGGAGAUUGAAGAAAAGAAGACUUGUCUGAAGUGCUCUCGUAUUUGCAAGCAAAUGUGUGCAAAAGUUGAUAUUGAGGAGGAGACUGAAGACGAGUGGACUUGUCCCAAGCACUCAUAUGAGAAUAAGCGAAAAUAUUCAAACAGAGGCAUGGAAAGAUUACAUUCCUAAACGACUGUUGAACCAACUUCAUUUCGAAAGGUGGCGAGAAAUGGUGUUCUGCAAUCAGAAUGGGGAAAAGUGGCCUGUGAAAGUCCAUUUCAUAAAUGAUGGUCGGGUAUCCUUCACCAAGGGAGUGUUGGAUUUUUGGAAGGAGAACAAUCUGUGUCUUGAUGGUAAGUGUUUACUUGAGUUUGGCAUUGUCAGAGGCAAAGUACUAAAAGAAAUACAGGUUCAAUUUUUGUGAAGAUCAUGAUUGGUGGCGUGCCAAGAGGCAGUCUUUGAUUUGAAGGCACGACGAGGAAUCUUUCUCUGUCUCUCUGGUUUUUUUGUUCAGUUUACUGGUAUGGUUCAUGCUCUGAUCUGAGGAGAUGGUGAAUUUAACCCUCCCUCUAUUAGACUUUUGGAUUACUAUAGUCUUUCUAGUAGAUAUGUCAAUAGGUACAGAUCUGGAACAUAUGUAGUUUCUCCUCUUGAAAGAUAUUAUGAGAAGCAUGUUUCUU